UCAAUUUGUUGCAACUGGUUCAUGCUGAUAGAAAUGCUCCUGGUUCGCGCCAUAGAACAGUAAAUAUUCUCCUAUUUGCGAAAGGCAUGGGAUUUGGUUUCAGAGGAAACGGCUGUUGUUGGACCUUUUUGGUAUGGGUCUGUCGGAUUUGGGGCCUGCUAACCGCUCUGGGUUUAUGGGGAAGUGGCGCAGAAGCUGUGUAUUAUAAACAUGUUUUAGGCAUUUAUUUAUUAGUAGCUGCAACAAUUAUAUCAGUGUUAGAAUCAUUGUUUGUUUUUGAAUUUUGCACAGAUUUUUGUUUAGAAGAUUCUAAAUGUUUAAAGUUGUAUGAGUUAUUAUGUUCUUUAGAUGAUUGGAAGAAAGGAAUAUUUUAUUGUUUAUUAGCUGUACCUUGUUUUGUUGAUGCUAGUCAUGUUUUAUUAGGAGUAGUAUCAGGUAUAAUGGUAGCUAUUUGUGGUAUAUUUUAUAUGUUUAAAACUUUUAAAACUAGAAGAGAGGAAAGAAUAAAACAACUAGAAAAUAAAGCCACUUAUGACAGAUUUGAAGAAAUACAUGACGAUCUUGAAGACAGUAUUGUAAAUCCGACAGCCUCAUUAAACAUGCCAUUAUGCAUAGACGAACAACCCGAAAUUCUAGAGGUCUGAGAGUUGUCUGCCCUUGUAUUAUUUGAAGCUUUUUAUGACCUUUACUCUAAGAUCUGCACAAUUAAUUGGAAUUGCCCGAGGCGUGGGUUUUAUCCCAACUUGUUUUAACUUGAAUGUGUGAUGACAGAAAGAUCUUUGUAAGCAUUCAAAACCUAUCUUGUAGUGCCUUAGAGUUGUCUCCCUCAACUCUUUAGAGCUGUGUCUUUUAUUAUUUGAAAAACAUGUGAGCAGCGUCAUAAUUCCAGCAACCUCAUCGCAGCAACCACUUGAAGGAUACUACUCUCUCCACUUUGUAAAUAUACAAAUUGCUAUAUCUGUGCUUUAAAAUAGUAUUAAUACUAUUAUGUAAAUAAGCCUGAAAUCAUAGCUAGGAGUUAUUCUUCCUUGAAGUGAAUGUGUUGUGCCUUUAGUUUAAUAAGACAGUUAUUUUUCACCAACCGCUCAUGUUCUUAUUACCAAUAAUCUGUUGGACUGUACCACUUAAUGCAGGCCAAUUAAGAAUCUUCAUUGAUUCUAUAUAUCUGAAUAAAUGUUAUUUGGAGUUGUGCCCCUUUGUUCAUAUUAGGAUGACAAGCUAAAGUGUGCUAAAGACUAUUGAAUUCUGUGCUAAUGUUAAUAAUUUAUCAAAUAACCAAUACAAAGCCACUCCGAAAAAUCCAAAAUUACAUUUUUAUGAAAAUUUAAAUUGCGGAGUCAUGGAAAUUACCCAAAUUUGAAAUAAUCCAAAACAUAUCCGUAUACAAUAGCCAAAAUUCAAUUAUUAUAAAUUCCUUAGAACAAUUUUCCCUGAUUUUUUUUUGCUGAGUUGUAUAUUAGAUUUAUAGUAAAGAACCAUAUUGCCAAAUGAAUAUAAAGUAUUGGGAUCCCCAUAGAUGAUUUAAUGAUAAUAUUUAUAUAUAUUUAAGAGUUCGAAAAGAACCAUAUUGUCGUGUAAAAAUAAGGCAUUGGGUUUGCCAGAGAUGACCCAAUUAAUAUACAUAUAUAUAUUUUAAAAAUGAUACAAAUUUGGAAAAAAAGCGUAUUGUCAUGUAAAAAAAAAAAAAAAGAGGCAUUGGAAUUACCAGAGAUGAUCAAAUUGAUAUAUAUAUAGUUUAGAAACAAAUCGAAUUAGAAAAGAACCAUAUUGUCAGGUAAAAAUAAAUUAUUGGGGUAACGACAGAUGACCUAGAAGUUAAUUGUAACUUGAUAUCAGUAACCAUAAAAAAAAAACUUACUGCAAAAUGCAAAAGAUUUUUAAAAAAUUGAAGUUUUGUUGAGAGAUAAAAUAUGUGUGAAUUAUAUUUAUUUAUAUAUUUUUGAGAAGUUGUUAAAGUGCUUCAAACAUUGUUGUGAGAUUAUUAUUAUAUUUGUUUAAAGAUCUGUUAUUUUCUACUUUAUAAAAUCUUAAUUUAUGUUUAUUUCCCCACAAACAGCAUCCAAGAGGUUUUAUUUUCAUAUUGGUCUUUUCUUUAGUUAUCAUAACUUAUUGUUUACACUGUAGAACAAAUGGAAUGAACCUUGAAAUUAUUGUUUACACUGUACGACAAAUGGAAUGACCCUUGAAAUUAUUGUUUACACUGUAGAACAAAUGAAAUGACCCUUGAAAUUAUUCUGUAAAGUUAAUAGCUCCCAUUUCAAAUAAAUGAAUGAAUUUUAAUAUUUUAUUACUUAUAUACCAGUGUAUAUAUAAAAUUAUAAUUAAUGGUGUGUAUAUAUGUAUUUUGAGGUGGCAUAUCUCAUAUUUCUAGGUGACAUAUCUCAAAGGCCUAGGCAAAUUAUCUCAAAAGCCUAGGAGAAUUAUCUCAAAAACCUAAGUGAAUUAUCUCAAAAACCUAAGUGAAAUAUAAAAUCUUAAAAUUUCAAGCUCUGGGUGAAAUAUCACUAGUUUCUAGGUGGCAUAUCAAAAGCGUAGGUGAAAUAUCUCAAAUAUCCAGGUGGCAUAUCAGAUUUGUAAGAUACAUCCAUGUGAAAAACCUUUAAAUUUUGAUCUCUGUGAAAUAUCACAAGUUUCUAGGUAACAUAUCUCAAAAGCCUAGGUGAGAUAUCUCAAAUAUCCAGGUGGCAUAUCAUAUUUUGUAGGAUACAUCCAUGUGAAAAAUCUUUAAAUUUCAAUCUCUGUGAAAUAUCACAAGUUUCUAAGUAACACAUGACACAAUUAUAUGGAAUACAAGUUACUUGAAGACUCUAUUUCAGCGACGUUUCUACGAGGGUUCUCCCGUCUUUAUCAAGCAAAGAAUUGUGUAAUGUGUUAUUCUCAUCCAGUUAACAAAUGCCACUUAGACAAUAGUUUCUUUGGUAAGGUUUUCGUCGUUUACUCGCGUCACUCGAGUCGACUCCAUUGCCGAGUUUACCAGGGUGAAACAUCCCGAACGGUCUGAGUAGUCACAUGACAUCAAAACAGCUACGACGUCAGUAUGUAAUCGAGAGACAGGCUUUUUUGCGUAUAGGACGCCAUUUUGUCACGUGACAAACCCUUUUACUCUCCGCUCAACGGGGAGUAAACAGGUUAGUCACGUGAUGCGACUCGAGUCAGUCAUGUGACCAACUCGAUUCAAAACGCGAACGGUCUGGUGUCGACUCGAGUGACUCGGGUGAACAACGAAAACCUUACCUAAGUAGUCGAUCUCACCGAGAUGUCAUGUCGGUAAUUUGUUUUAAAGACGCAUUAUGUAAGAAUUAGAUAAAGAGCAGGCCCCGAGUUGACGAAGCCUUCUCAGACUUUACUCAACUUUUUCAAUCACCAUUUAUAAGAAAUGUAUUUGAUUCAGAAAUACAAAACUUUGCACAUAGUUUCUUAUUGAUGUAUUUGAUACAUUAAAACAACAAAAGCAUUAUAAAGGGCUAUAUUUUAGUUAAAAUGCUUUGUGAACUCGGGGCGUGGUUGUUCUUGCUGUAUUAGUUCAAAAAUAGAUAAUGCAAAAUGAAUAUAUUGAAAAUUUUAUUCAAAUUAUUUUAUUCUGAGCGAUGUUAUCACAGUUUGAAGUUUUGACAAGAUUUGGCAUAGAUUGUUUAUUUAAAUUAAAUUGCGAUUAUGUUUUAAUCCAUUUAAAUCUCCACCAUCCGAUGGUCUAGAGAGUUGAUUAUAAACUUGUCAUGUUAAUUUUAGAUGUCUACAUAAUAAUUUAUAUAAUAUUUGAAGCCAAAAUAAGGAACUGCAAUAAGCAGAUUUAGCUCUUAUAUAAUGCAUCUUUAAUUUGGUAAAAGCCUCAAUUUUCUCAGUAACAUGUCUCAAUUGUAUAGGGAAUCUCAAACAGAUGACUUGUCAGUCAUAUCCCUUGUAUUAUAUUCUGAAUACUACAAUAUACAACAUUUCUUUAACAAUAUCAGCUGCAUUUGUAUUUAAUACAUAAUGGUAUUGUUUGUAUUUAAUACAUAAUGGCAUUGUUUAUAUUUAAUACAUAAUGACAUUGUUUGAAUGGCAUUGUUUAUAUUUAAUACAUAAUGACAUUGUUUGUAUUUGAUACAUAAUGGCAUUAUUUGUAUUAAUAUACACAUGGUAUUACUUAAUACAAAAUGGCAUUGUUUGUAUUUAAUACAUAAUGGCAUUGUAUUGAUACAUAAUCGCAUAUUUGUAUUAAUAAAUAAUGACAUUGUCUGUAUUUAAUACAUAAUGACAAUUUUUUGUAUUUGAUACGUAAUGACUUUUUUUUACAUUUAAUACGUAAUGACAUUUUUUGCAUUUAAUACAUAAUGGCAUUGUUUGUAUUGAUACCUAAUGGCCUUAUUUGAUACACAAUAGUAUUGUUUGUAUUUAAUUCACAAGGCAUUAUUUGAAAUGUAUAUUAUGUAUGCAUUAUGCCAUUAUUUGUAGUUAAUACAUAUGGCAUUAUUUGUAUUCAAUACACAUGGCAUUACUAAUAUUCAUAUUAUUGCUAUUGUGUUGACUCAUCAAUUAUAUUCUGUUGUGAUUUUAUAUUAUUCCAAUCAGUCAUCAUUCAUAAAACAUGUCAAACACGAAAUAACCACAGAAGUAAAUGAAAGGGGUUUUAACGUCCUACUGUUCUGUCAAAUCCUUGAUAAUGAAAACAUUGUAGGUACCAGUAUUUCCCACUCUUAAUGUAUGUUUAUUUAUAUUUAUAGCAUGACUGAGCCUUUUUUCUUCAAUAUUACAAUAUCAUGAAGGGGGGGGGGUCUUUUUUUAUUAUUAAACCUAAACAAUGAAAAUACUAAUCAUUUUGCCCUGACACUUUGAUUUACUGGGUUUUUGCAUCCUUGAAAAGUACCUGAAUUUUAGCUUCCAACUUGAAUAAGCCUUAAUUGAAUUGAAAAUACUAAUCAUUUUGCCCUGACACUUUGAUUUACUGGGUUUGUGCAUCCUUGAUAAGUACCCAAAUUUUAGCUUCCAACUUGAAUAAGCCUCAAAUUGAACCACUGCCUUGAAAUGUUCAUGAAUUUCUUCAUAUGUGAGAAGAGUAUAAUUUCUAUAUUAAAACAUCGUGGUUGUGAUUGCUUCAGUCAAUAUUAAAGUAAUCAUGUUAGCUGUAGCUAUGGUUACACUAGUUGUUACACUAGUCAGGAUUGUUCCGAAUAUUGUUACAUAAGCCAUGAUUUCUCCCAAUCUGAUUAAAAUACAGAUCUAUA